AUGGCUCCUCACACCACCACCUCUGACUCGAGCGACGAUGAUGAGACGCCAGAGACGUUCUCGUUCGGCUUAUCCAAGAAAGCCGCCAAGGGUGCGCAGGAUGCGCUCCAGCAAUUUGCAGCCACGGAGAAGCAGAAGCGGAAAGAAAAGAACCGCGAGCGGGAUCGGGUGCUGAAGGAACGCGCCGCGCGGGCCAAGGUGAAAUCUGGGGGUAAGGGGAAGGGAAAGGUAGUGGUGAAAGAGAAGGCUCCAAGGGUUGACCAGGAGGUGAGUGACGAGGACGGAGACGAGGCGGGACGCGAUGACUUGCGAGCCCGGAUGGACAGAGCUAUGAGGGAGGCGGAGGAGGAGGGCUCAGAUGCUCUGACUGAGAAUGGAGAGGAUAUGUCCGGCGAAGAAGGGUCUGCAAUCUCAGACGAUGAAGAAGAGGACUCAGAGAAAGACGACGAGGACGAGGAGAUGGAACGGACAAGGGUCUACGCGGACGGAGAUAGCAAAGACGAAGGUGAAAACGAGGCUGAAGACGGAGACGACGAGAUGGGUGCUGAGGAGAGCGACGACGACGCUCCAUCACCAAGAAAAAAUUCCGCGCACCACGACUACCUCCCUGAUCACCUCUUCAAGUCUGCUUUUGCCGCAGCUGCUCACUCAAGAUCUCAACCCAAAGUCCCAACGAGCUCAGCUACCAAAUCCCAGAAACGGAAGCGCGUGAAACGCUCGUCAAAAGAAAUCGUCUUGGGCUCGCGAACGAUCCGGACACUCCCCUCAACCUCAGGAGCCAUCCUUUCCACCGCGCAUCGCAGACUGGUUCCCCCAGCGAGAGUGAACGAGUUCGUGAAGCGCUCGCUGAACUUGAAGGGCAGAGCGGCAGACAUGAAAAUCAAGGGAUGGGCGCGCAGGGCUGCCAAUGUCGGUGUCAUGAAACGAGACGGACCUGCAGCUAGAUUCGUCCGAAGCCGAUGA